AAAAAAAACAUAACAUAAAUAGUAGUUUUGGUGCUUGUAAAUCUGCAGCAACAGUGACAGUUGUGUAUUGACAGCCAUGGCGGUUGACCCAAAUUCGAAGUAAGAGCCAUUUUUCUGUGCGUUUACUGAUCCUUUGGGAGUUUUUCUCCAGCUUAUGAAAGGAUAAGAGUUUGUGUUUCAAAAUCAAUUAAUCGAGUGAUGGAAGGAAGUGGAGAAGUGGGUUUUGUGAGAGCAGAUCGUAUAGAUCUGAAGAGUUUAGACGAACAGUUACAGAGGCAUCUAAGUCGAGCAUGGACUAUGGAGAAACAAAAGAGUAACAAAGGAGAAGGAGAUAGAGAAAUCCCCAUUAAACAUGCUUGGGAAAUUGACCCAUCUAAGCUAAUCAUCAAAACUGUCAUUGCUCGGGGCACCUUUGGUACUGUUCAUCGUGGUAUCUAUGAUGGACAAGAUGUAGCUGUGAAGCUUCUUGAUUGGGGAGAAGAAGGCCAGAGAUCUCAGGCUGAGGUUUCUUCAGUCAGAACAGCUUUUUCACAAGAAGUUUCCGUAUGGCACAGACUUGAUCAUCCUAAUGUCACAAAAUUUAUAGGAGCUGCAAUGGGCACACAGGAUCUUAACAUACAAACUGAGAAUGGUUUCAUUGGCAUUCCACGAAAUCUUUGUUGUGUAGUGGUUGAAUACCUUCCUGGGGGUACUCUCAAAUCAUUUCUCAUCAAGAACCAUAGGAGGAAAUUGGUCUUCAAAGUUGUGGUCCAACUGGCGCUGGAUCUAGCACGGGGGCUAAGCUACCUUCAUUCUGAGAAGAUCGUCCAUAGGGAUGUCAAAACGGAGAACAUGCUUCUUGACAGGAAUCGUACUCUAAAAAUAGCUGAUUUUGGUGUUGCUCGUGUUGAAGCUUCAAAUCCUAAUGAUAUGACUGGUGAGACUGGAACCCUAGGUUACAUGGCACCUGAGGUUCUUAAUGGCAACCCCUAUAACCGGAAGUGUGAUGUAUAUAGCUUUGGCAUAUGCCUCUGGGAGAUAUAUUGCUGUGACAUGCCAUAUCCAGAUCUGAGCUUCUCAGAAGUGACAACAGCUGUUGUCCGACAGAAUUUGAGGCCAGAGAUACCUCGUUGCUGCCCUAGUUCUUUGGGAAAUGUAAUGAAGCGGUGUUGGGAUGCUAGCCCUGACAAACGACCAGAAAUGGACGAAGUGGUAACCUUGUUGGAAACAAUUGACACAUCAAAGGGCGGUGGGAUGAUCAAAGAUCAACGCAAGGGAUGCCUAUUCUUCAGGAAACGAGGUCCUUGAGAAGAGAGUCUCCAGGUAGCAGCAGAUUAGAAGUGUGGAUCUGGAUUUAUUGAGGAGAAAAUAAUGUAAAAACAAGGAGCAUAGUUUCAUUAGAAGAUGACAUGUCGAGUUUUUAGGAAUUAAAAGUUAAAGUUGGUUAGGUAAAAGAAGCUCAGAUAUAUACAUGCAUUCAUUCAUCAACUCAUGCAUGUACAGCUCUGUACCUUUUCAUCUUUAUUAUCAAUUGUCUUUUAAACACAAUUGACCGAUCGGUUGGUCCUAGUCUGAGCAAGCUCCAACCUAUGCAAGGUAGAACAUCUAGCAGUGGUGGAUUCAAAAUUUAGACUUGAUUUCAAUGUUUUUUAACACAUUAUACUUUUAAAUUUGGGUUUGGAAUGUAAUAUUUGUUGAAUUUUAGUGGUUCUUUUUACGUACA